GUGUGGCAGCCACUACUACAGCAACCCAGUGUCAAAAAGGGUUUCCUGGGAAAGUGGUUUGGUGAGCCCGCUUUCUUCUCUGCGUGUUAAAGGACCGGGAACCGGACGGCUCGCUGCCGCGGCAGGGAGUUUUGGCUGGAGGGAACCCCGAGGCUUUCUCCCGAGAGCAGUAGCUGUCUGUCGGUAGCCGGGACACCCACCGAGCCUUCCACGUAAAGCAGCGGAGCUUCUCUGAAAGCGGCUGGAAGUGCCACGACUAUGUCAAUUAAAGAUUGUUGGGCAGAAACACUUUAAACUUUCUAUCAACUGGCUGAUUAAUAUUGCUGGAAAUAGGAAAGAUGGAAGAAGCUUUCAAAACUGGGACUCAAAGCCUUGAUCCAGAUCAAGGCUGUUUCUCUAUGAUGGAUGAAUCCAGUCAACAAGAAGCCCCUUCUCCCAAAUUAUCUAUUACUGAAUUGAGCAAAGAGUUAGAAUCAAAGAGUGAGCUGAUUGACGACAAAGAAUUUGAUAUUCCUCAAGUUGAUACUCCUCCAACAUUAGAAAGUAUUUUAAAUGAAACUGAUGAUGAAGAAGAGCCAUUUGUUCUUGAGGAUCCUUCUCUUCUGAACAUUGAUAACAUUGAUACUCAUUCAUAUGAUACUUCUUCAGUAGCAAGCUCUGAUAGUGGAGAUAAAUCACACCUAAAAAGAAAGAAGAAACUCCGUGAUUCUUUCUCCAUCCAUGGCUCAGUUAUACGUCUGUCACUUUUGAAGGGUAUUUCUACCCAAAUAGUAUCUGCAGCAGCCAAAGUGGAUGCAGGUUUACCCACUGCAAUUGCAGCAUCGAGUCUUAUAGCCGUAGGAACAUCCCAUGGUCUAGCUUUGAUAUUUGGCAAAGACCCUAACCAGGCUCUUCGACUUUGCCUGGGCAAUACUGCUGUUGGUGCACAGUAUGGGGCUAUAUCUGCUCUUAGCAUCAACAAUGACUGUUCGAGACUUCUGUGUGGCUUUGCAAAAGGACAGAUUACAAUGUGGGAUCUGGCCAGUGGAAAACUGUUACGAUCAAUAAUAGAUGCACAUCCUCCAGGAACUGCAAUUUUGCACAUUAAGUUUACAGAUGAUCCAACUCUCGCAAUCUGCAAUGACAGUGGUGGCUCUGUAUUUGAACUGUCAUUCAAGAGAGUCAUGGGUGUGAGAACAUGUGAAUCUCGCUGUCUGUUCAGUGGUUCGAAGGGAGAGGUUUGCUGCAUUGAGCCUUUACAUGCAAAGGCUGAGCUGAGAGACCAUCCUAUCACCCAAUAUUCUCUGCUAGCUAUGGCUUCCUUAACAAAGAUUCUUGUGAUUGGAUUGAAGCCAUCUUUGAAAGUGUGGAUGACAUUCCCGUAUGGUCGUGUAAAAAGAGAUGAAUCUGGAGCAAUACAUGUUACAAAGCAGAAGCAGCUACACUUGCAUUAUGAUUUAAUCAAUUUUACAUGGAUAAACUCCCAUACGAUUGUGCUUCUAGACAGUGUGGAAAAAUUACAUGUGAUAGAUCGUCAUACACAGGAGGAACUUGAGACCGUAGAGAUAUCAGAAGUUCAGCUAGUAUACAAUAGCAGCCAUUUCAAAUCGUUGGCAACAGGAGGCAAUGUUAGCCAAGCACUGGCACUGGUGGGUGAGAAGGCUUGCUACCAGUCAAUCAGCAACUGUGGUGGUCAGAUUUUUUAUUUGGGUACAAAGUCUGUUCAUGUUUUAACGCUGAGGACCUGGAGGGAGAGGAUCGAUCACCUUCUGAAACAAGAAUGUCUUAAUGAAGCAUUGGCUUUGUCAUGGUCCUUUCAUGAAGGGAAAGCCAAAGCUGUUGUGGGCUUAUCUGGGGAUGAACAAAAACGGAAGGCUGUUGUUGCAGACAGAAUGGUUGAAAUACUUAUUCAUUGUGCUGAUCGAACCAUGAAGAAAUGUCCCGAGCAGGGUAAAAUCCAAGUUAUGGAGCAACAUUUCCAGACUAUGGUCCCUGUCAUUGUUGACUAUUGUCUUCUGCUUCAACGAAUAGAUAUAUUAUUUGGUCAAAUGUAUGACAAGAUGAGUGAAAAUUCGGUAGCAAAGGGAGUGUUUUUAGAAUGUCUUGAGCCAUACAUUUUAAGUGAUAAAUUGGUUGGAAUCACAGCUCAGAUUAUGAAGGAUUUGCUACUUCAUUUCCAAGAUAAGAACUUAAUGGCAAAUAUGGAAGCCUGCAUUGUACAUAUGGAUAUUACCAGCCUUGAUAUACAACAGGUUGUCCUAAUGUGUUGGGAAAACCACCUGUAUGAUGCCAUGAUAUAUGUCUAUAACAGUGGAAUGAAUGACUACAUUACUCCACUGGAGAAAUUGUUCAAAGCCAUUGCUCAUCCACUUAGUGCUGGAAAAUCUCUCUCAGAUGAGCAAGUCAUUAUGGGCAACAAACUGCUUGUCUACAUAAGCUGCUGUUUGGCAGGCCGGGCUUAUCCAUUGGGCAAUAUUCCUGAAGACUUGGUACCAUUGAUUAAAAACCAAGUCUUUGAAUUCCUCAUCCGUCUACAUUCAGCUGAGGCCCCUACAGAUGAAGAAGUGUAUCCCUACGUUCGUACACUGUUACACUUUGAUACACGAGAGUUCCUUAACGUUCUUGCAUUGACAUUUGAAGAUUUUAAGAAUGACAAGCAAGCUGUGGAAUACCAACAGAGAAUUGUGGACAUAUUACUCAAGGUUAUGGUGGAGAACUCUGAUUUUACCCCAUCACAAGUUGGAUGCCUUUUUACUUUCCUUGCUCAACAGCUUGCUAAGCCAAACAACACAUUGUUUGUGAAUAGGAUGCUAUUUGACCAGGUCCUUGAAUUUCUCUGCAGUCCUGAUGAUGACUCACGACAUUCGGAAAGACAGCAGGUUCUUUUAGAAUUGCUUCAGGCUGGAGGUAUAGUGCAGUUUGAAGAAAACAGACUCAUUCAAAUGGCAGAAAAAGCUGAAUUUUACCAAAUCUGUGAGUUUAUGUAUGAACGGGAACAUCGCUAUGAUAGGAUAAUUGAUUGCUACUUGCAUGAUCCCUUGAGAAAGGAAGAGGUUUUCUCGUAUAUCCACAAUAUUCUUUCCAUUCCUGGGUAUAGUACAGAAGAAAAGCAAUCUGUGUGGCAGAAAACUAUGAAACAUAUUGAGGAGCUGACAUCAGUGAGUCCUUUUAAAACAGCAGAUCUUAUUUCUAUUCAUUUCAGUGACGAGAUUGAACAAAUAAUUCAGAUUCUACAGGAUGAACAUUUGCUUUUCCAAUUUUUGAAGAGUCUCCUUGAUCCAAGGGAAGGUAUCAAUCAAGAUUUGCUUCAGCUUUCGCCCUCUAUUACCGAACAGUUUAUUGAUUUGCUGUGUCGGUAUGAUGCUGACCAGGUCUUAGAGACUUUGAAGUUCCUGGACUCCUAUAGGCUAGAAGAGACAAUUCAGGUCACCCAAAAAUAUCAGCUCCAUGAGGCUUCUUCUUACUUGCUUGAAAAGAAAGAUGACAUUCCUGGUGCCUUCUUAGUUAUGCUUAAGUGGUUACAAAGCAAGCUUUCAACAUUGACUUCUGGAGAUAAAAUUUCAGCACAACUUCCUUUACUAAAAGAUAUUGAAGAUACCUUAGGAAAAACCAUUGCACUUUGCCAGAGGAAUUCACACAAAUUUAAUCAGCAGGAGCGAGAAGCACUGUGGUUUCCGCUCCUAGAGGCAAUGUUGGCACCCCAAAGAUCUGCACUACUACCCCGUUACUCUGAAUAUUUGAAGAACUUGACAAUGCAAGUAUUGAACAAUAUGACAACAUUCAUUGCUCUGCCAUUAAUUUUGCAGAGAAUCCUACAGGAUCCAGUAUAUGGAAGAGGAAAACUUGGAGAAAUUCAGGGUCUUGUGCUGGGUAUGCUAGACAGCUUUAACUAUGAGCAGACUCUUUUGGAGACAACAACAAGCUUACUUAACCGCGAUCUCCACUGGUCUUUACGUAAUUUGAAAGCAUCUAUGACUAAAGGGCUCAAUCCCAAACAAGAUUAUUGUUGUAUUUGUUUACAACAGUACAAGAGAAGGCAACAGACUGGUGACCAAAUUGUAGUCUUCAGUUGCGGCCAUUUGUACCAUUCCCUUUGUCUGCUAAGUAAAGAGUGUGGCACUGAAACAACAGGACAGAUGAGGUGGACUUGCUUUAAAUGCAGUGCAAGUCAUAAAGGAGAGAAAGUAACUUUGACUUCCUUGGAAAUGAGGAAAAGAACUCCGGUAUCACUUGCUCAGACUAGUUCAGAGUGUGUGUUGGAUCCUCAGCAAGCUCAAGCUUUUGACCAGCUCUGUCGUCUAUAUCGUGGAACAUCAAGGCUAGCACUUUUGACUGAAUUGUCUCGAGAUCAUGGUGGUGAAAAACAUGGUUUUGUCCAAGUAUCCCGAGGGGAUUCUGCCCUGAAUAGUGUCUUCCAAAAUGAGACUUUUCAGCUUCAUCUCAAUCCUCCUCCUCUUCUAGAAGACUAAUCAUUGGAUAUCAAGCAUUAUGAAAAAAUACUUCCAGUGUUUGCUGGUGGAUCCAAAGUAAAAGGUAGCAGUACGUAUCUUAUAAAUAACUGCAACAAUGCAAUCUUUGUGAGAACCAGCUGUUUUGAACCUUAACAAAACAGAACAUCAGUGUCAAGCAUUCUAGUCCUCACGUCCAGUGGAUUUUUCUGGAAGCUAUACACUCUAUGAAGCCUAUACUUUUUUCAUUUAAAUUCAAAGUGAAGAAUGCAACUUUACAUUCAUUAUAAAGGCUACAAUGCAAGACAGAACUGGUAGUAUGUUUAUGAGAUUGCUUUCUCUAAUGUGUUUCUUCUGCUCUCAGUUGCUUCUGAAAAUCUGUUAGCUCCUCCAGUUGCAGCUCAAGAAAUGUUGCUGUGACAGAUGCUAUUCCUUGGAAAUUUAACAUACUAACAUCAUAAAUGAGAAAAUCUGUUAAUGAAGCACAUUAGAAUAUACCACUCAGCCAACUAGAUAUUUGAUGUCAGUUUGUGUAUCUUCUGAGUGCUUUCAUGAGUGCCAGCUUUUCCACGGAGAGCUUACUGUUUCCAGUGUACCAAAAGAAACCAGCACAUUACUCAUUUAUGAUGGCUGCUCUCUUGCUGCCAAAUUGCAUGGAAAAGAUACCUUCUUCUAUUAUAUAUUGUCAGAUUCCUGAACCUUAGCCAUUUAUCUUUAUGAAUUCACUAAAGGAUUACAAUGUUGUUGUUUUUCCUCCUUAUCUUUGCCACAGACAAAAAAUGAACAAUCUGAUACAGGAAUAUAUUUUUGAAAAUGAAUGUUUAUGAUCCCUGUAAAUGAUAUUUAAUAACCUUCUAUCUUUCCAUUAGUUACUGUUUGACAGUUUUACUUUAUUUGUUCAAAAGAUUUCCAGUUUCCAUAUGUGUAGACAGGAGCAAGUAUAAAUUAAACGAUAUAUAAAAACCAGAAUUAUUAUGCACAUUUAUACUAAAUUAUUUCAUGGCUGAAUUUAUUAUUUUUUGUUCAUUUAUCAUUUUGUCAGAAAGUUGUAAUCUUAUAUUUGUAUAUAUAUUUUCCAUGUGAUCAAAAUAUCUGUUGCUAUCCACUUCAAAAUUACCUAUCUUCUAUAGUUAGAGGCUAUCAAAAAUUAUGAAUUUAUGUACGAAAUAUUCUGUCAAUACAGGUAGUCCUUGAUUAGGAUCACAAUUGAAC